AGCGGUCCGGGCCUCUGAAAAGCUGCGAUUGGAGGUUGUAGCUCAUUCAGUGCGGCUUGUGAGGCCGGUGGCGGCCCAUCUGCCCCUUGCGGGAACAGCCGGGGUUCCGCGGCCAGUGAUUUUUUUUUCCCAGCCCUGGUAUCCAGAAAUGGGAAACAGCGGGGUGGGCGAGGGGCAGUGGUCGCAGGUAGCGCGGCACCCGGACUGAGAAAAAUCCCAGAAGCCUUAUGGGCAUGUGCACACUGGUGUUUUGUUUUUGUGGUUUUUUUUUUAAUUGGGAUGGGGAGUAGAUUGAGACAGGGUCUCCCCACGUAGCCCAGGCUGGCCUCCCAAGUGCAGCAGUGAGAGGCUUGUGCCACUACUUCCGCAAAAGCCAUCUCUGGACCAUGGAGGACAAACCGUUGGUAGUAUCUAAACAGAAGACAGAAGUGGUGUGCGGGGUGCCCACCCAGGUGGUCUGCACGGCCUUCAGCAGCCACAUCCUAGUGCUGGUGACCCAGUUCGGGAAGAUGGGUACGCUGGUCUCCCUGGAGCCCAGCAACGUGGCCAAUGACAUCAGCAAGCCAGUGCUCACCACAAAAGUCCUCCUUGGGCAGGAUGAGCCUCUCAUCCAUGUCUUUGCAAAGAACCUGGUAGCGUUUGUGUCUCAGGAAGCAGGAAACAGAGCGGUCCUCCUGGCUGUGGCUGUGAAGGACAAGAGCGUGGAGGGGCUGAAGGCCUUGAAGGAGGUGAUACGGAUGUGCCAGGUGUGGUGAUGCAGUGAGCAGCAGGAUGCUCAGGACCAAGUACAGCUCACUCGGCAGGGUCCUAGACCCAUCUUCCCACCACCGGGACAGUCAGGUGGAGGAACUCUCAGGCUUUAGCCCUUGAAGCCGGAAACAGCAUUUAUGUCUCAGGGGACUCUCCCUAUGUGGCUACUAUGUUCUGGUGGGGAAGCGAAAGCAGAAGUGUGCCUGGACUGUGAUGGGCAUCUGUGGAAAGUAGAACUCAGCCGGUGGGACACGGGGCCCUCUGCAGCAGCACUUGUGGGGAGAAUUUUUUUUUUAUUAAAAGUCUAAGCCGGG